AUGCCGGGCGUUAUGGGCAAGGCUGGUCCCGCGGCGGACUUGCGCCGCUUCAUGGAGAAGCGCCUCGACGUCCACUUGAGCGGCGGGCGCCGCGUCGUCGGCGUGCUGCGAGGCUACGACACCUUCAUGAACAUCGUGCUAGAGAACACCGUCGAGGUGAAGGGGAACCCCGCAAACCCCGCCAACAGCGGAGGCACCGAAACGAACGAAAUCGGCUUCGUCGUCGUUCGCGGAAACUCGAUCCUGUACUGGGAGUGUCUUGACAAAGUCCGGACGUGUGGACAAGGAUUUUUUCAAGUUUCUUCAAUCGGCUUCAGACGAAUGUUCGAUCUUGGCACUGAAAGCCGUCUCGGCACACUGGAAAGGAAACACGAGCGACCACGUCCUCUUCGCAAAAGAGGAGACUGUGCGGAUAGCUCGGGGAACUCACGUGUAUGUACACCCCCCCGGGCACCGCCACAGUGGGUGCGGACGCUUGGCGGGACUCCGAGUAGUCUUUAUCCCAUUUGA